UUAAUUUUUUUCCACUUCUUGCUGCUGAGUCAAUGUUUGGAUUUUAAUUUUUUGUUUUAAAGUAUCAGUUUUUCAAUUUAUUGAUCGGCUUUUGUUUAUGGGAUUCUCUUGAUCUUUUAUUGUGGAUUGGUUUUUUGGGGUUAUGAUAUUUGCUUGAUUUUUGUGUUUUUGUAUUGUUCUUUUGUUACCCUUUUUGUAUGCUUAGUUGGUUGCUAAGAAAUGGUAGGAAAAAUAAAAGAUAGAUAACUUUUCAAGUAAUUCAAUUGUGGAGAAAGUUUUGAUUUUCUUGCGUGAAGUCGAGUUGGUGUUAAUUGGGUCCAUUUUACUGAACCUUUUAGUCUUAAUUGUAUAUGAUAAUAGAGGGUUUUGAGGCUCUUAUCAUUUUAAGACGUUUCCUACCUUUUCUUGGCAAUCAAAAAAGGUUUGGGUAGAUAAAGUUUUCAUGUUUUGGUUGAUAUUCUUUUUCUUGGAAAUUUGCGUGGUUGUUGAUUGCAGCUUGGGCUAGUGAAGGUGAAAUAUUGGGAAUUUUUUCUGGGUAUAGGUUUUCGAGUACUUUGAGGGUUUUAUUGUUUAAAAGUAUCAAAGUCUGGGUCUCAUGAGACUUGUUAGGGGAAUGCAGAGAUUGCUUCGUGACGAGACCAACGUGCUGGGCUGGAAGAAGUCCUUCACCCAAGGGAUCGGUAUUACCGCGCCCAAGGCAAGAAAACGAGACAAAGCUAUGAGUUGGGCUCUGUGCCUCUAAAUUUAGGGGGUUUUGGAAAAAAGGAAGAAGUAGUACUUCUGCUUCUCAUUGAGAAUAAUUAUCAUCGAAAGCAAUGACUCGCAUAUUGGUUCAACGAGGUUCCUCUAGCAGGUCUUCUUCAAAUCCAAGCCGAUCCUCAUCCUUGCCUGGGUCAUCUUCUUCUUUGACGGAGCCACAAGUUUCUUCUCCCAUUCAAGUUCCACCCACUGCAAAAGACGAUGAGGUUAGUGAGGAAGUGCAGGAACAAAUUGAUUCGGUUGAACUUGUAGAGUGUUAUAGGAGUAGUAAAAAUAAGGCUGUGGAAAGUGAUGAACCUUUGCCAGAAAACUUGCCGAAUGAUUGGAACGUAACUUCGAGUGAUGCACUUGUUGAGGGUGAGCAAAUGAAUGCUCUUGAUGCCUCCGGUCCGUGUGAUAUAAUGAAUGAUUUGGGUGGGGUGAGGAUUCCUAAAAAUGUUGUGGCUGAAACUGAAGGUUCAGGUAAUGAUCCCUUACCAUUUGGAAGUGGAAGUCCUCAUCCGCCUCCACCUCCUGUUCCACCACCUAAACCUUCAACGGCUAAUUCAAACUCAAGAAGAUUUGCUUCAGGAAAUUCAAAUCCUGCUCGUGGUGGAUCAUCUAGAAGAGCUGUUGCCUGGCCCACUGUUUCAACAAGUACAUCAUCCUUUGGGUCACGCCCAUCUUCUCCUAGAUCUCACAGAGAGAGUGACGGUUAUAACAGUUCCGAUGAGCAGAAUCCAUGCUUUGUAUCCUCCUACGAUGAUGCAGAAAGAGAACGUCAAUUUGAAAUAGAUAUUAGACUGGCAAAAGGUUUGGAAGUCAAACGGAUGCUAGAAGAUGGUAACUGCCUCUUCCGUGCUGUUGCUGAUCAAGUGUAUGGCGACUCUGAAGCCUAUGAUUUGACUCGACAAAUGUGCAUUGAUUACAUGGAACGAGAGAGGGAUCACUUUUCUCAGUUCAUAACAGAAGGUUUUACCUCUUAUUGUAAGAGGAAAAGAAGAGAUAAGGUCUAUGGGAACAAUGUGGAGAUUCAAGCUUUGUCGGAAAUGUACAACAGACCUAUUCAUAUCUAUUCCUACAGCCUAGAACCUAUCAACAUAUUUCAUGGAAGCUAUAAUACGGACACACCUCCGAUAAGGCUGAGCUACCAUCAUGGGAAUCAUUAUAACUCUCUGGUUGACCCUUGUCGUUUGGCGGUUGGUGCUGGGCUCGGAUUUAGCUGUCUUCGAGGGGCAGAUGUGGACAAGGAUCAAGUGAAGGCGGCUAUUAAAUCUCAACAAGACCAGCAGAUUGACAAUGCACUUCUUGCUGAGGUUAGAUUUUACUCUGAUCUUGAACUUACCGAGAAGGAAAUCGAGCAAAUGGUUAUGGAAGCAUCUCGAGCUGAAUACCUUUGCAAUGUUAAGCCAGAAGUGGGACGUAAAGAAUCAUCGACUUCGACUGCUGAACCGUCAUCGUCUGGCACUAGUGAGUAUUCCACAGAGAUUGUGAAUCAUGAUAUUGAGCAGCAGCAGGGAUUGGAGGAUGGUGGUGGCGUUCUGAGCAGUGGGAUGCAAUUACUGUUGUCAAUGGGGUUCAGUUAUAUGCAGGCAAAUGAAGCGUAUAGCAUAUUCGGGGAUGACGUUGAUUCCAUGGUCUGUUAUCUCAUUGAAACCGGCAGUAGAAGCAAAGGCAAGGCUACAGAUUUUAUCAUACAAUAAUCAAUGUGUUGUGUGAAAUACACAUCAAUUCUUAUCUACUGGGACCAAC